AGGCUGCAUGGUAAACCAAGCACACGCACCCCAGGGCUCUCCCUGACUAUGGUGCAAGUACAGGGGCUUGCACUGAAUUUGCAAGUGCAUUUCUACUGCUGCAGCAUCAUGCAGGUGUUUGCAGGCUGCAGUCCUGGGGUAGGUGAAACAGGAAGCACCUGAGGUAGUCCCUCUCCCUCUACAGUGCAGGGCAGGCCCCACCCUCCCUGCUUCCUCUCUCACUGGAUCAGUCAGCCUCUGCACCUCAGGGACAGCAGCAGAAGCAGCCUCUGGAGAUUUGCACUUGGGACUCUUCCCUUCUUUCUUCCCGAUGCAGAUGCCCCCCAUCAUCCCUGAGGAGAUCCAGAGGCUCCUUGAAGAUACUGAAGGUUACCUGGCAGAUGGGCUGCAGAAUGAGAACCUUAGCGCUAGAGCCAGAGACCAGAGACAGGCGAUUCUGGUCGGCUUCCGGCAAGUCAAGGCCAGGAGGGGAUCAGGCUGAUGCUUACUUCGGACAGGACAGCUUUGAUGACAACCAGAGCUGGAGUUUCGUCCCUUCCACUGUGUCAGAUGCGUCGCUUGCAUCGGAUUACCAGGAUGACGGGUCGGAGGACGGCAUACAGAAACCUGCCCAAGAGCUGGGGACUGUUUUGAAGCAAGGAUACUUGGAGAAAAGGUCCAGAGACCAUGGUUUCUUUGGCUCAGAGUGGCAGAAGCGAUGGUGCGUCCUCAACAAAAGGACCUUUCUGUACUAUGCAAAUGAAAAAAGCAAGCAACCAAAAGGGACUUUUCCCAUUGAGAGCUACAGUGCCCACCUGACUUUCCACCUGCGCAAAGACUCCCGAAGAGAAUCCUGUUUCAAACUCAUGAGCCCCGGCAAACGCAGCUACGAGUUUACAGCUUCCAGUCCUGCAGAGGCUAAAGACUGGGUGGAUCAGAUCCAGUUUCUGUUAAAGGACAUGAGCUCUCUCACCAUCCCCUACGAUGAGGAGGAAGAGGAGGAGGAGGAGGAAGAGGAGGAAGAGGAGGAAGCUUACGAUGACAUUGACGGCUUGGGCUCUCCAAACGCAAAAUCCCACUAUAACCAAAACGUGGAGGAGGAGGUGGCAGUGGCCAGUGGGGAGGAGGAAGAGGACAUCUACGAGGUUCUACCAGAUGAGGAGCUUGACCCACCCGUUCUGGAGGACAGAGAAGAGGCCGGAAGUAAAGGGAAAACAGGCCUUCGCACAAGAGAUUAUGCAAACUACUACCAAGGCAUGUGGGACUGCAGCAGCAAUCAGCCAGAUGAGCUGUCUUUCCAGCGUGGGGAUAUCAUCUACAUCCUGAGCAAGGAGUACAACAUGUACGGCUGGUGGAUCGGCGAACUGAACAGCGAGGUGGGGAUUGUCCCGAAGGAAUACCUCACGGCCGCCUACGAGCUGGAGGAAAGAUGAUCCAGUGGACUCCCUGGUGCCUCUUUCCCCAACAUACUGGACAACCACUCCCACCUCGGGGUCCUCUCCCCUGCUGCCCCUCCGGCACCUAUGGAAACCUUCUCCACCGCCAUGUGAAGAGACUCACAUCCCAACACCCACGUCGCUGCUGUCUCACAGAGCAUCCCGUUCGCCCCCGAGCCUGUUACGAAGCUAACGCACACACCCCCUUCCAGAUUCCUGAUUCCUGGCCUCAUUCCCCACUUGAUUCGGAACGACACGUGGCUUCGUACGUGACUCUUACCCGGCUGACGAGACGCCUGAGCAAUCGGCCAACCUAGGGGCCAGUUUUGUUUUCUUCUGUGAGCCGGGGGUGGGGGGGAAAGACCCAGAAUAAAGAGAUUCUCUUUUCGUUCUCACAGUUUCUGGCAGCGUCUCCGCUUCCCUGUAGGCUCAGUCCCUGGCUCCCUCUGCGGCUGGAUUCGGCGAUCGGGGAGGAGAGACGGGCGUGUGCCAGGAGAGGACACCACGCUGGAACUGGCCUUCCCUCUCCGGCCCUGGUAGACUCCCGGGCAAUAAAGCAAUUCUGCCCGUGCCCAGCCUCUUCUGAG